CCUGUGCCUGGCUGCUCCUAAGAAGACUAUACGAUGGUGUGUUGUGUCAGAUCUUGAGGCAGCUAAGUGUUCCGGUUUCCGUGACAACAUGAAGAAAGUCCUUCCUGCAGAUGGUCCAUCUGUCACCUGUGUGAUGAAGACCUCUUCCCUGGAGUGUGUCAGGGACAUCUUGGCCAACAAAAUAGAUGCUGUGACUAUUGAUGGAGCAUUGAUGGCUGAGGCUGGCCUGACCCACUACAACCUGAAACCUAUCAUGGCAGAAUACUAUGGGUCAAAAGAUGAUCCGCAGACGCACUUUUAUGCCGUGGCCGUGGCAAAGAAGGGAACCGGCUUCCAACUGAACCAGCUCCAGGGCAAGAAGUCCUGCCAUGCAGGCCUGGGCUGGUCUGCUGGGUGGUACGUUCCCCUCAGCGUACUGCUCCCUUCUGGCUCAUUGCAAACAGCAGUGGCCACGUUCUUCUCCAGUAGCUGUGUCCCCUGUGCGGAUGGAAAGGCAUCUCCAAGCCUGUGCCAACUGUGUGUGGGGAAAGGGACAGACAAGUGUGCCUGCUCCUCCCGUGAACCGUACUUCGGCUACUCUGGAGCUUUCAAAUGUCUGGAGGAUGGCAAGGGGGAUGUGAGCUUCCUGAGGCAUCUGACACUGUUUGAGGUCCUGCCCCAAAAGGCCGACAGGGACCAGUAUGAGCUGCUCUGCCCGGACAAUACCCGCAGGCCAGUGGAGGAAUACAAGCAGUGCUACCUGGCCCGGGUCCCUUCUCAUGUUGUUGUGGCUCGGAGUGUGGACGGCAAGGAGGACUUGAUCCAAGAACUCCUCGGAGUGGCCCAGGAACAUUUUGGAAAAGACAAGUCAUCAACAUUUCAACUCUUUGGCUCCCCUCUUGGGAAAGACCUGCUGUUUACUGACGCUGCUCAUGGAUUUCUAAGGGUCCCGCCAAAGAUGGACAUCAAGCUGUACCUGGGAUAUGAGCUUUCUUCCGACAUUCAGAAUCUACAGAGAGGUUUGGCAGACUCUCAGAGGGUGAAGUGGUGUGCCGUGGGUCAACAGGAGAGGGCCAAAUGUGACCAGUGGAGUGCUGUCAGUGGUGGCGCCUUGGCAUGUGUUACAGAGGAAACCCCAGAGGAUUGCAUGGCUGCCGUCACGAAAGGAGAAGCAGAUGCUGUGAGCCUGGAUGGAGGAUUUGCCUACAUUGCGGGUCACUGUGGUCUGGUGCCCGUCCUGGGCGAGAACUACCUGUCUACACAUGGGAGCGAGAGGCUGCGGUCCAAGUGUGUGAAUGCACCUUUGGAAGGUUAUUAUGUUGUGGCUGUGGUUAAGAAAUCAGAUGUUGGCAUCACCUGGAACUCUCUUCGAGGCAAGAAGUCCUGCCACACAGCAGUCGGCACUUCGGCAGGCUGGAAUGUCCCCAUGGGUUUAAUAUACAACCAAACUGGGUCUUGCAACUUUGACGCCUUCUUCAGUCGCAGCUGUGCCCCGGGCUCUAAUCCUGACUCCCAGCUCUGUGCUCUGUGUGCCGGUGGUAACAGCCCAGCCCACAUGUGCGCCGCCAACAGCCAUGAGGGAUAUCACGGCUCCAGCGGAGCUCUCAGGUGUCUGGUUGAGAAGGGGGACGUGGCCUUCGUGAAGCACCCCACAGUUCUACAGAACACUGAUGGAAAGAACCACGAGGCUUGGGCUAAGGGGCUGAGACACAAAGACUUUGAGCUGUUGUGCCUCGAUGGCACCAGGAAGCCUGUGACUGAGGCUCAGAGCUGCCACCUGGCCAGAGUGCCAAACCACGCUGUGUUCUCCAGGAAAGAUAAGGCUGACUUUGUUCGCAGAAUCCUCUUCAACCAGCAGGAGCUGUUUGGAAGAAAUGGAUUUGAGUAUAUGAUGUUCCAGAUGUUUGAAUCCUCACAUAAGGACUUGCUUUUCAGCGACGAUACAGAAUGCUUGUCUAACCUUCAGAACAAAACAACGUACGAAACCUACCUAGGGCCUCAGUAUCUAACCUGGAUGGACAACUUUAGACAGUGCUUGUCCUCUGAACUGCUGGAUGCCUGCACAUUUCACAGACAUUAAACACCAUUCAGCUGGGGGAACACAGGAAAGGGGGACCCACCUGUUUGUCUCCACAUGGAGUUGUGCUGGCAUCUUUAUAACUCAGUAUCAUAAUUGAAGCAAUAAAAUAAAAUAAAAUAAAUCUAAACAGCUUCCCAGAAAGCUUCACUGAA